AUGUUCCAUGGAUCAGCACCAUAUCUAUGUCAUUUCAAGAAGAGGAUGACAUAUCCCUUAUUAACCAACUCUGCUAUUUUAUUUGUAGAUUUCUUUUUUAUUCCAGUUCGGUUACGGUAUGUAUUCAUAACAAUCUCACUUCUAUCUUCCCUUCUUUCUUUCUUUCUUUCUUUCUUUCUUUUUUUCUUUCUUUCUUUCUUUUUUCUUUCUUUCUUUCUUUCUUCCCUUCUUUCUUUCUUUCUUUCUUUCUUUUUUCUUUCUUUCUUUCUUUCUUUCUUUCUUUCUUUCUUCCCUUCUUUCUUUCUUUCUUUUUUCCUUCCCUUCUUUCUUUCUUUCUUUCCUUCUUUCUUUCUUUCUUUCUUUCUUUCUUUCUUUCUUUCUUUCUUUCUUUCUUUCUUUCUUUCUUUUUCUUCUUUUUUUUGCUUUUUCCCAUUGAAACAAAGUCGCAUCAUUGUUUACAUUUUUGUUCAUCUCUUCCUUUUCCUCUCCUCGUUCCGUUUCUCUUCCAUCUCCUCCUGUCGUGUUUCCCUCACAUUUUUCCUCUUCUUCGUUUCUUUCCUGUUCGGCUCCCCUUCCUGUUUUUCAUUUAUUUAUUCUGUUCCUCCAUUUUUCUCCCAUCGCACUUCCCCUCCCCUUUCUACCCAAACAUUCUUCUUCCUUCUCUUUUGUUUUAUGCUCAUUCUUUUCACCCUGUUCUCCUCUUUUUCCUAUUCCUCCCAUAGCGCGUCUCUUUUAGUUCUUUCCAUUGUUGUUUUUCUCUUCCUUUUCCGCCCAUGUUUUGUUUUUGCCCAUUUUUCUUUUCAUCGUGUUUUUUCCUCUUCCUUUUCCUCCCAUCCUUUUACUUCUCUUGCAAUUACUCCCAUCGUUCUUCUUCUCUUCUUUUUCCUCCCAAAGUUCUUCUCCUCUUCCUUUUCCACCCAUCGUUCUUCUCCACUUCCAUUUCCACCCAUAGUUCUUCUCCACUUCCUUUUCCUCUCAUCGUUCUUCUCCUCUUCCUUUUCCACCCAUAUUCUUCUCCUCUUCCUUUUCCUCCCAUCGUUCUUCUCCUCUUCCUUUUCCUCCCAAAGUUCUUCUCCUCCUCCUUUUCCACCCAUAGUUCUUCUCCUCUUCCUUUUCCUCCCAUCGUUCUUCUCCACUUCCUUUUCCACCAGUAGUUCUUCUCCUCUUCCUUUUCCUCCCAAAUUUUUCUCCUCUUCCUUUUCCACCCAUCGUUCUUCUCCACUUCCUUUCCUCCCAUCGUUCUUCUCCACUUCCUUUUCCAUCCAUAGUUCUUCUCCUCUUACUUUUCCACCCAUAGUUCUUCUCCUCUUCCUUUUCCACCCAUCGUUCUUCUCCACUUCCUUUCCUCCCAUCGUUCUUCUCCUCUUCCUUUUCCACCCAUAUUUUUUCUCCUCUUCCAUUUCCUCCCAUAGUUUUUCUCCUCUUCAUUUUCCAUCCAUAGUUCUUCUCCUCUUCCUUUUCCUCCCAUCGUUCUUCUCCUCUUCCUUUUCCACCCAUAGUUCUUCUCCUCUUCCUUUUCCACCCAUCCUUUUCUCCUCUUCCUUUUCCUCCCAUAGUUUUUCUCCUCUUCCUUUUCCAUCCAUAGUUCUCCUCCUCUUCCUUUUCCUCCCAUCGUUCUUCUCCACUUCCUUUUCCACCAGUAGUUCUUCUCCUCUUCCUUUUCCUCCCAAAUUUUUCUCCUCUUCCUUUUCCACCCAUCGUUCUUCUCCACUUCCUUUCCUCCCAUCGUUCUUCUCCUCUUCCUUUUCCAUCCAUAGUUCUUCUCCUCUUCCUUUUCCUCCCAUCGUUCUUCUCCUCUUCCUUUUCCACCAAUCGUUCUUCUCCUCUUCCUUUUCCACCCAUAGUUCUUAUUUUCUUCCUUUUCCACCCAUAGUUCUUCACUUCCUUUCCUCCCAUCGUUCUUCUCCUCUUCCUUUUCCAUCCCUAGUUCUUCUCCUCUUCCUUUUCCUCCCAUCGUUCUUCUCCUCUUCCUUUUCCACCCAUCUUCUUCUCCUCUUCCUUUUCCACCCAUCGUUCUUCUCCUCUUCCUUUUCCACCCAUAGUUCUUAUUUUCUUCCUUUUCCAUCCAUAGUUCUUCUCCACUUCCUUUCCUCCCAUCGUUCUUCUCCUCUUCCUUUUCCACCCAUCGUUCUUCUCCUCUUCCUUUUCCACCCAUCGUUCUUCUCCUCUUCCUUUUCCACCCAUCGUUCUUCUCCUCUUCCUUUUCCACCCAUAGUUCUUCUCCUCUUCCUUUUCCACCCAUCGUUCUUCUUCACUUCCUUUUCCUCCCAUCGUUCUUCUCCUCUUCCAUUUCCUCCCAUAGCUUUUCUCCUCUUCCUUUUCCUCCCAUAUUCUUCUCCUCUUCCUUUUCCUCCCAUCGUUCUUCUCCUCUUCCUUUUCCACCCAUCGUUCUUCUCCUCUUCCUUUUCCACCCAUAGUUCUUAUUUUCUUCCUUUUCCACCCAUAGUUCUUCUCCACUUCCUUUCCUCCCAUCGUUCUUCUCCUCUUCCUUUUUCAUCCCUAGUUCUUCUCCUCUUCCUUUUCCUCCCAUCGUUCUUCUCCUCUUCCUUUUCCACCCAUCGUUCUUCUCCUCUUCCUUUUCCAACCAUAGUUCUUAUUUUCUUCCUUUUCCACCCAUCGUUCUUCUCCUCUUCCUUUUCCUCCCAUAGUAUUUCUCCUCUUCCUUUUCCAUCCAUAGUUCUUCUUCUCUUCCUUUUCCUCGCAUCGUUCUUCUCCACUUCCUCUUCCACCCAUAGUUCUUCUCCUCUUUCUUUUCCACCCAUAUUCUUCUCCUCUUCCUUUUCCACCCAUAGUUCUUCUCCUCUUCCUUUUCCACCCAUCGUUCUUCUUCACUUCCUUUUCCUCCCAUCGUUCUUCUCCUCUUCCAUUUCCUCCCAUAGCUUUUCUCCUCUUCCUUUUCCUCCCAUAUUCUUCUCCUCUUCCUUUUCCUCCCAUCGUUCUUCUCCUCUUCCUUUUCCACCCAUCGUUCUUCUCCUCUUCCUUUUCCACCAUAGUUCUUAUUUUCUUCCUUUUCCACCCAUAGUUCUUCUCCACUUCCUUUCCUCCCAUCGUUCUUCUCCUCUUCCUUUUUUCAUCCCUAGUUCUUCUCCUCUUCCUUUUCCUCCCAUCGUUCUUCUCCUCUUCCUUUUCCACCCAUCGUUCUUCUCCUCUUCCUUUUCCAACCAUAGUUCUUAUUUUCUUCCUUUUCCACCCAUAGUUCUUCUCCUCUUCCUUUUCCUCCCAUAUUCUUCUCCACUUCCUUUCCUCCCAUCGUUCUUCUCCUCUACCUUUUCCAUCCAUAGUUCUUCUCCUCUUCCUUUUCCACCCAUAGUUCUUCUCCUCUUCCUUUUCCACCCAUCGUUCUUCUUCACUUCCUUUUCCUCCCAUCUUCUCCUCCUCUUACUUUUCCUCCCAUCGUUCUUCUCCACUUCCUUUUCCUCCCAUCGUUCUUCUCCACUUCCUUUUCCACCAGUAGUUCUUCUCCUCUUCCUUUUCCUCCCAAAGUUCUUCUCCUCUUCCUUUUCCACCCAUAGUUCUUCUCGUCUUCCUUUUCCUCCCAUAGUUUUUCUCCUCUUCCUUUUCCACCCAUCUUCUUCUCCUCUUCCUUUUCCACCCAUCGUUCUUCUCCACUUCCUUUCCUCCCAUCGUUCUUCUCGUCUUCCUUUUCCAUCCAUAGUUCUUCUCCUCUUCCUUUUCCUUCCAUCGUUCUUCUCCUCUUCCUUUUCCACCCAUCGUUCUUCUCCUCUUCCUUUUCCAACCAUAUUUUUCUCCUCUUCCUUUUCCAUCCAUAGUUCUUCUCCUCUUCCUUUUCCUCCCAUCGUUCUUCUCCUCUUCCUUUUCCACCCAUCGUUCUUCUCCUCUUCCUUUUCCACCCAUAGUUCUUAUUUUCUUCCUUUUCCACCCAUAGUUCUUCUCCACUUCCUUUCCUCCCAUCGUUCUUCUCCUCUUCCUUUUCCAUCCAUAGUUCUUCUGCUCUUCCUUUUCCUCCCAUCGUUCUUCUCCUCUUCCUUUUCCACCCAUCGUUCUUCUCCUCUUCCUUUUCCAACCAUAUUUUUCUCCUCUUCCUUUUCCAUCCAUAGUUCUUCUCCUCUUCCUUUUCCUCCCAUCGUUCUUCUCCACUUCCUCUUCCACCCAUAUUCUUCUCCUCUUCCUUUUCCUCCCAUCGUUCUUCUCCUCUUCCUUUUCCUCCCAUCGUUCUUCUCCACUUCCUCUUCCACCCAUAUUCUUCUCCUCUUCCUUUUCCUCCCAUCGUUCUUCUCCUCUUCCUUUUCCACCCAUAGUUCUUCUCCUCUUCCGUUUCCACACAUCGUUCUUCUCCACUUCCUUUCCUCCCAUCGUUCUUCUCCUCUUCCUUUUCCAUCCAUAGUUCUUCUCCUCUUCCUUUUCCUCCCAUCGUUCUUCUCCUCUUCCUUUUCCACCCAUCGUUCUUCUCUCUCUUCCUUUUCCAACCAUAGUUCUUAUUUUCUUCCUUUUUCCACCCAUAGUUCUUCUCCUCUUCCUUUUUCCUCCCAUAGUUUUUUUCUCCUUUUCCUUUUUCCAUCCAUAGUUCUUCUCCUCUUCCUUUUCCUCGCAUCGUUCUUCUCCACUUCCUCUUCCACCCAUAGUUCUUCUCCUCUUCCUUUUCCACCCAUAUUCUUCUCCUCUUCCUUUUCCACCCAUCUUUCUUCUCCACUUCCUUUUCUCCCAUCGUUCUUCUCCUCUUCCUUUUCCAUCCAUAGUUCUUCUCCUCUUCCUUUUCCUCCCAUCGUUCUUCUCCUCUUCCUUUCCCACCCAUCGUUCUUCUCCUCUUCCUUUUCCACCCAUAGUUCUUCUCCUCUUCCUUUUCAACCCAUAGUUCUUCUCCUCUUCCUUUUCCACCCAUCGUUCUUCUCCUCUUCCUUUUCCACCCAUCGUUCUUCUCCACUUCCUUUUCCACCCAUCUUCUUCUCCUCUUCCUUUUCCACCCAUCGUUCUUCUCCACUUCCUUUUCCAUCCAUAGUUCUUCUCCUCUUCCUUUUCCUCGCAUCGUUCUUCUCCUCUUCCUUUUCCACCCAUCGUUCUUCUCCUCUUCCUUUUCCAUCCAUAGUUCUUCUCCUCUUCCUUUUCCUCCCAUCGUUCUUCUCCUCUUCCUUUUCCACCCAUAGUUCUUCUCCUCUUCCUUUUCCACCCAUAUUCUUCUCCUCUUCCUUUUCCACCCAUCGUUCUUCUCCUCUUCCUUUUCCAUCCAUAGUUCUUCUCCUCUUCCUUUUCCUCGCAUCGUUCUUCUCCUCUUCCUUUUCCACCCAUCGUUCUUCUCCUCUUCCUUUUCCAUCCAUAGUUCUUCUCCUCUUCCUUUUCCUCCCCAUCUUCUUCUCCUCUUCCUUUUCCUCCCAUCUUUCUUCUCCUCUUCCUUUUCCAUCCAUAGUCCUUCUCCUCUUCCUUUUCCUCCCAUCGUUCUUCUCCUCUUCCUUUUCCACCCAUAGUUCUUCUCCUCUUCCUUUUCCACCCAUCUUCUUUUCUCCUCUUCCUUUUCCUCCAUCGUUCUUCUCCUCUUCCUUUUCCACCCAUAGUUCUUAUUUUCUUCCUUUUCCACCCAUAGUUCUUCUCCACUUCCUUUCCUCCCAUCGUUCUUCUCCUCUUCCUUUUCCUCCCAUAUUCUUCUCCUCUUCCUUUUCCUCACGCAUCGUUCUUCUCCUCUUCCUUUUCCACCCAUCGUUCUUCUCCUCUUCCUUUUCCAUCCAUAGUUCUUCUCCUCUUCCUUUUCCUCCCAUCGUUCUUCUCCUCUUCCUUUUCCACCCAUCUUCUUCUCCUCUUCCUUUUCCACCCAUCGUUUCUUCUCCUCUUCCCUUUUCCACCCAUAGUUCUUCUCCACUUCCUUUUCCACCCUCUUCGUUCUUCUCCUCUUCCUUUUCCAUCCAUAGUUCUUCUCCUCUUCCUUUUCCUCCCAUCGUUCUUCUCCUCUUCCUUUUUCCACCCAUAGUUCUUCUCCUCUUCCUUUUCCACCCAUCGUUCGUUUCUCCACUUCCUUUUCCAUCCAUAGUUCUUCUCCUCUUCCUUUUCCUCCCAUGUUCUUCUCCCUUCCUUUUCUCCCAUCGUUCUUCUCCUCUUCCUUUUCCAUCCAUAGUUCUUCUCCUCUUCCUUUUCCACCCAUCGUUCUUCUCCUCUUCCUUUUCCAUCCAUAGUUCUUUUCUCAUAGUUCUUUCCUUUUCCUCGCAUCGUUCUUCUCCUCUUCCUUUUCCACCCUUCUCGUUCUUCUCUCCUCUUCCUUUUCCAUCCAUAGUUCUUCUCCUCUUCCUUUUCCACCCAUCGUUCUUCUCCUCUUCCUUUUCCAUCCAUAGUUCUUCUCCUCUUCCUUUUCCUCCCCCCCCAUCGUUCUUCUCCUCUUCCUUUUUCCACCCAUAUUCUUCUCCUUUCUUCAUAGUUUUUCCUCCCAUCGUUCUUCUCCUCUUCCUUUUCCCCCAUAGUUCUUAUUUUCUUCCUUUUUCCACCCAUAUUUUUUUCUCCUCUUCCUUUUCCAUCCAUAGUUCUUCUCCUCUUCCUUUUCCUCGCAUCGUUCUUUUCUCCACUUCCUCUUCCACCCAUAGUUCUUCUCCUCUUCCUUUUCCACCCAUAUUCUUCUCCUCUUCCUUUUCCACCCAUCGUUCUUCUCCACUUCCUUUUCUCCCAUCGUUCUUCUCCUCUUCCUUUUCCAUCCAUAGUUCUUCUCCUCUUCCUUUUCCUCCCAUCGUUCUUCUCCUCUUCCUUUUCCACCCAUCGUUUUCUUCUCCUCUUCCUUUUCCACCCAUAGUUCUUCUCCCUCUUCCUCCUUUUCCACCCAUAGUUCUUCUCCUCUUCCUUUUCCACCCAUCGUUCUUCUCCUCUUCCUUUUCCACCCAUCGUUCUUCUCCCUUCCUUUUCCACCCAUCGUUCUUCUCCUCUUCCUUUUCCAUCCAUAGUUCUUCUCCUCUUCCUUUUCCUCCCAUCGUUCUUCUCCUCUUCCUUUUCCACCCAUAUUCUUCUCCUCUUCUUUUCCCCUGCAUCGUUCUUCUCCUCUUCCUUUUCCACCCAUCGUUCUUCUCCACUUCCUUUUCCAUCCAUAGUUCUUCUCCUCUUCCUUUUCCUCCCAUCUUCUUCUCCUCUUCCUUUUCCACCCAUCGUUCUUCUCCUCUUCCUUUUCCAUCCAUAGUUCUUCUCCUCUUCCUUUUCCUCCCAUCGUUCUUCUCCUCUUCCUUUUCCACCCAUCGUUCUUCUCCUCUUCCUUUUCCAUCCAUAGUUCUUCUCCUCUUCCUUUUCCUCCCAUCGUUCUUCUCCUCUUCCUUUUCCACCCAUAGUUCUUCUCCUCUUCUUUUUCCACCCAUAUUCUUCUCCUCUUCCUUUUCCACCCAUCGUUCUUCUCCUCUUCCUUUUCCAUCCAUAGUUCUUCUCCUCUUCCUUUUCCUCCCAUCGUUCUUCUCCUCUUCCUUUUCCACCCAUAGUUCUUCUCCUCUUCCUUUUCCACCCAUCGUUCUUCUCCACUUCCUUUCCUCCCAUCGUUCUUCUCCUCUUCCUUUUCCAUCCAUAGUUCUUCUCCUCUUCCUUUUCCUCCCAUCGUUCUUCUCCUCUUCCUUUUCCACCCAUAGUUCUUAUUUUCUUCCUUUUCCACCCAUAGUUCUUCUCCACUUCCUUUCCUCUCAUCGUUCUUCUCCUCUUCCUUUUCCUCCCAUAUUCUUCUCCUCUUCCUUUUCCUCCCAUCGUUCUUCUCCUCUUCCUUUUCCACCCAUAGUUCUUCUCCUCUUCCUUUUCCUCCCAUCUUUUUCUCCUCUUCCUCUUACUCCCAUUCUUGUUCUUCUCUUCCGUCCCCCUCAAUCGCUCUACUAUUUUUUCUCCCCCAUCUUUCUUCUAAUUCAUUUCCACCUAUCUUGGUUAUUCCUCUUGUCCUUUUUCUUUUACGUUCUCAUUCUAUUUUCGUCCAUUGCUAUUUUUCUCUUCCUUUUCCUCCCAUUUUUCUUAUCCUUUUCUUUAUCUUUCUGUUAUUCUCCUCUCUCCCCCAUCGUUGUACUUCGCUUCCUUUUUCUCCUAUCGCGUUUCUCCUUUCUUCUUUUCCCUACCAUCGCUCCUCUUCCCUUUCCACUUUCUCUUAUCAUUCUUCUCUUCUAUUUUCCCCCUUCCUUUUACUCUUAUUGUGCCUCUCCUAUUUUUCUCCCUCGCUCUUUUUCUUCUAAUUUUCCUCGCAUUUUUAUGCUUUUUCUUUUCCUUCUCUUCUCCUUUCCUUUUCCACUACGCUGUUCUCCCAUUGCUUUUACUCCCAUCACUCUUAUCCAUUUCCUUUUCCUCGCAUUAUUCUUCUGUCAGAUUCUCCUUCCCAUAGUUGCUAUACUCUUCCUUUUCCUCCCGUUCAUCUUCCUCCCACCACCUUCUUCUUCUUCUUCAUCUCUAGUACUACUAAUUUUAUUGUAUUUUCUUGAGCUUUUAUAG